AUGGCGGAACAGAGAGUGGAAAGUGAGUUUGUUGGUGAUUGCAAAGAGCCCAUGGAGGAAGCUGGUUUAUCUUCUAAAACUCAAACCCUAGGUGGUGAGGAUGCCAACACGGUAGAGGUUUCGGAUUCAGGUGUUUGUGAUGUUGGUGAAGCUGAUGGGAGCUUAAAAGCUGGAGAUGGCAAUGCUCGUGAUGAGAAACAAGUGAUAUCUGAGGUUGGAAGUGUUGAGGAUAUGGCUGAGAAUGAAGAUAACGUUGAGGAGAGCGGUGAGGUUGAGAAGACAGUUAGCUCUGAUGAUGUUGAAAGGACUGAUGCUAUCACAGAGCUGGAAACUGAGAGAGAUGACAUGGAGGGAGAUGAUGGAAUUGUUGAGGUAGAGCCGGUAGAUGAGACAGAGGGCUCUGACCUUGGUAAGGAUGUGCAGAGAGUUAGUGAGAUAGCUAGAAAUGGUGCAAGUCAUGAAACUGCAGGAGAAGAGGAGACUGUUACCGCUGCUGGGAAUGAAGUGGCUGCUGAGAAGGAAACAUUUGAAGUUGAAGAAAACGGUGGUGCAGAAGAGAAAGCAGACCAAGAGAAGGAAUCAGCAGGUAAAACUGAGGAGGAUGAUAACAAACAGGCGAAUGAAGAGAAUGGUGGUCUUAAUGAACAGAGAAAUCCGGGAUCUGAGACCAAAGAUGCUAAGCAUUCAGAAUCUGCACAAGUUCCAGAGGAGCCUACCCAAUCAAGCAAAGAGGAAACGAAUGAAGAAAACCCAGGAACUGUUUCAGAAGUUAGCUCUGCUGCUGUUAACCAGAAUGAAGAAAACGGAGAAGCCAUGGAAAUCGAUGAUGCGGCAGAGAUACAAGUGGAAAAGGAUAAUGCUGGAAAUGAAUCUGCUGGGGAAGCUGACAAGAAUGAUUCCAAUGCAGCAAAAGAAAUGGAAAUUGAUGAACAGAAAGAUAUUGAGGAUGUGGCAACGGGUCUUACCGGAACAGUUGAAUCUGCUGAUUCAGCAAACCCAAACAAUCCCUCUGAAGAUGCUGCUACAGGUGAAGUUGAGCCGAUGGAUCAAAAUGCUCUUUUUGACCCAAGUGCUGAUAUUACCACCUUCAUCGAUUUCAGUGGUGUUUCAUCUUGGUCAGGAAAUAUACAAGACCUUAAAACCGACGCUGGGAAUGUAUCUUUGAAAGAGGAUAAGAAAGCUACUGGCAUGGCAGAGGGAGUUGCCACGGUUGAGACCGUUAAACCUGUUGACGCUUCAGUGAAUGGUGAUCAACCAAGCGUAAUUUCCAAAGGCAUUGGGAGUGAAUCAAAUGAUGCCCAUGUUGCUAUAGUUUGUUCAAAAGAGGCUUCUGAUGCAGUUAUGGAACCUGAUGAAAACCAAGAAGAGAAGGAUCAUGAAGGCUUACAUCAGAAAGCAGUAGAUCAACAAGAUACAAUGAAAGUGGAAGAUGACACUGCUCAUGAAGCUCCAAGUAUCGAGCCAAACCAAAAGGAAGAUACAGAAAUGGAAGAGAAUCCAUACAAUUCUGAUUAUGGUGAUGUUGGAACCGGCUCUGAUACUAAAACCAAUGGUGUGAAACGAAAGGCUGAUGUCCUGAGUGAGGAUUCACCAGAGGAAGGUAGGAAGACUGUUUCAGUUGCGAAGGUGUCGUUUGCCCAAAGGCCGUCCUUUAAGAUCGGUGCAUGCAUAGCCAGAGCUGCCAGUCAGAUGGCAGGGUCUACUUCAGUUUUGAAGGGUAGUAACAUUGGUGCUGAAACUCUUUCUGUUGAGAGUUUCGUAUCCCAGCUUCACUGUGCAGCAACAGACCCUGUAAAAGAGAACGUUGUAUCUGAAAUCGCGGCUGGGUUUUUCUUAGAUUUCCGAAACUCGUCAGCUUCGCAGCAAGUUGCCCCAGAAAAGGUCGGCGGUAGAAGAGGAAGACCAUCCAAUUCGAAUGCAGGAGGAACCGAGGCAUUUGAGUUUGAGGAAAUGGGCGACACAUACUGGACUGACAGGGUGAUCCAUAACGGUGGUGAAGAGCAAACGCCACCUACUGAAAAAGGAAACUAUAAAGUUGUGCCGGUUGAGUUGAAACCUGCUCAGGUCAAAAAGACUCGCCGACCAUACAAAAGACGGCAGUCUCAGAUCAGUGUUGCUCUUCCUUCAGCCUCAGACAAACUGGCUGACUUUGAUGAGAAUGCACCAGCUGAGCUCAUAAUGAAGUUUUCUGAAACGGAUACAAUACCUGCUGAGAAGAGCCUGAGUAAGAUGUUCAGGCAUUUUGGACCAAUAAAGGAGUCACAGACUGAAGUUGACAAGGAGAACAACCGGGCUAGAGUAGUUUUCAGGAAGGGUGCUGAUGCCGAGGUAGCUUACAACAGCGCAGGAAGGUUCAAUAUCUUUGGGACGAAGGCUGUGAAUUACGAGCUCAGCUUUACAAUCACGGAAGCUUUCAAAGUUCAGCCUUACGUUGUGUCUUUAGGCGAGGAGGAUGCAGCUCUAUCUCUUCCCUCCUAG